AAAAAAAAACAAAAAAUGGACGAUGAAGCAGAGAAAUUGAGAGCAGCUUUUGGAGGAGAUUCGUCGGAUGGAGAAGAUGGAGCGGAACAAGCGAUCGGAGAUUCGACGGUAUGGGAGCGAGUGGAGGAGAUCAAUGGUUUAUGGCUCUGUAGAAACUUUCUCCCUGUUGCUCACCAAUCUGAUUUGCUCUCCGCCAUUCUAAACGAAGGUUGGUUCGUCGAAGAAUCUAUUAACCAGGCGAUGAGAUUUGGUGAUCUCCCUUCAUGGGCAAUAGAAGUAUCUGAUCUUAUCCGUGAGACUGUGGAAUCUGUUGAUCUUCGAGUGUUGCCUGCUGAUUUACUGUGGAGAGAACCUCUGUUCGACCAGCUCAUUGUCAAUUUAUACCAACCAGGUGAGGGGAUCUGUGCACAUGUUGAUCUUCUGCGUUUUGAAGAUGGAAUUGCAAUUGUCUCCCUGGAAUCACCUUGCGUGAUGCGGUUCACUCCCGCAGAAAAGGAAGAAGAAGAAUAUGUGGAUGUUUUGUUGAGCCCGGGAUCUCUCAUUCUCAUGUCCGGAGAAGCUCGGUAUCAAUGGAAACACGAGAUUAAUCGAAAGCAGAAUGGGUUUCAAGUUUGGGAAGGAGAACAAAUUGAUCAGAAAAGAAGAAUCUCCAUUACUUUGAGAAAACUAUGUCAAGCUUAAGGGUGUGUGAAGCUGAUAUUUAGACUAGGUAAUAUAUUUGUAACUGUGAAACUGUGAUUGAUUGAUAGGAACUAUAAUGUUUAGACUAGGUAAUCCUCCUCAUAUCUUACAUUGGUAACCUAUUAAGGUCAUCAAAUUUUUGUUUGAUAAAUUGAAAUUGAAGUAGAGAUUUUCGAUUAAUUAUUAA